AAGUUUUAAUUUACUAAAUUGGAUUUAGGACAGCAUUUUCAGAACCUAGCAAAAAUAUUUUUCUGAGAUAAACAUUCAGGAUAUAAUAACUCUCAUGCUUUUCUGACAAGCUUUGAUUUUUAUUCUCUUCUCUAGCUUCUAAAUUACAAGCUACAAAGCCAUCAUUUGGAUUUUUGUAGCUUAAUAGGAAGAAAGGCUAUAUCAUGAUCUAUUCAAGUAACAUGAAUAUAGAAUUUGUACUCAUUUAAUAGAAAAUGCUAUGCUAUGCUCACAGAUGUGCACAAUUCAGCUAAUAAUAAGUAUUGGUCACAAAUGGUGAAUGUCUUGAGUUAUUUCUUGAUUUACAAAGACUUAAAAAUGUGAAAUUGUAAUAGAUGCAGAAAACUGAUAAUACAGGUAAAAAUACAUAAAUAAAUUCAGAGCUUUUUUGUAGGUCCUAUGCUGUUUAACAUAUUUAUAAAUGAUUUGAAUGUGGGUUUUGAAAUUGUGCUUUGAUAUUAUAACACAAAGAUAGGGGAAGGGCUAAUAUUUUAGGGAAUAGUAGUUGAUGCGCCCAUUAGAUGAAUACAUAUCUGGGUGAACAAUUAUAUCAAUGAAUAUACAUCAGAGGAUAUAGUAGAAAUAUAGAUCCAGUUUGGUCUAUAGUUAAGGCACUAGGAUAAAAGCAAGAGACUGUUCUAGUCCCACUUAGGCAUGAAAGACAGUCAAGUGACUUUGGGCAAGUCACUUUCUCUCUCACUAACUUAUUUCACAGGGUUAUUGCUAUCGGGAAAACAGAAGUGUGUGUUCGCUGCCUUGAGUUAUUUAGAAGAAUAAUAGACAGGAUAUAAAUAAAUAGUGCUCUUUUCCUAGCCCUCAGUUAUUCAACAUACUUAUAAAUGGCUUAGAAAAAAUUUUAGAAAAUAUUAUCAAAUUUUCAAGUGAUAUAAAAAUAGCAAGGCACAACAAAUGCCAGAGAGAAAAGUCUUAAGGCACAGAAGGAUCCUGACAAAGUUGAACAUUAGGCAAAAUUCAUUAAGAUGAAUUUCAACAUACAGAAAUGCUGACUACUGUGAAAAUGGAUCACAAUCUAAACAUGUGCAAAUAGGAUGUUGAAGUAAUUUUUUUAAAAAAGCAAAUACAGUCCUAGGCUACAUAAACAGAUGUACAACAUCAAGGUCAAGAUAGCACAUUAUUCUUCUCAAUUCUACACUGAUCAAACAGCAACCAAAAUAUUGUGCCCGGCUCUGGGCACAUUUUAGAAAGGACAUUGACAAAGUGGAGUUUGUCCAAGGAAAAAGCAAACUGGACAAGGGGCCUGGAAGGAAAAUCUUAUGAGAAACAAUUUUAAUUAUGAGUGGUGGGGAGUCUUAUUUCUCCUUGUUGGUUCUGCUGGAAACUGCCCUCUCACAAGGCUGGCGCCAAGCUAAAUACAGGCCAACCAAUGUCGGGCUUGAGCAACAAGCUUGUCAGUAAAUUUUUAUCACAACCAAUGGAUCAACAGUUUGAUUCCAGUUGCUCUAUUGGUCACAUGAAAUGACAUUUGUUAGUCCCAAAAGCAGACUCUGCACAUGGGAAAUGCUAGGAUAAAGAAGAACAGUUCAAGUCACUGAAUGAUUGGGAAAAAGACUGCAGAAAUAUAUAAUAAUUAUCUUCAAAUAUCUCCAAGGCUCUGAUGUAGGAGCCAGGGCAGAAUAGUUCAGAACUAUUCAAAAUCAGGACAAGAAACAGGGAGUUUACAGAAAUAUUUCAAUUAGCCAUCAGAAAAAAACACCCCAAAGAUAAGAACUUUUCAAUAAUAUAAAAUAAUGCAUCAGAAAGAGAUAGACUCUCUUUCACUAGGGGUAUUUAAACAGGAUGAAUGGCCAUCAGUUGGGAAUAGUACAAUAGUUAAACCUUGUAAAUUGGACAGAGUUGGACAAGAUUUUAACCUUUAUGUUAUUACAUUAUAUUUAUAUUAUAACAUUAUUUAUAACAUUAUAACCAAUGUUCUAACCUUUAUAUUAUAUAAAGUGAAUAGUAUUAGAUAUAAGAAUUUACAUGAGCAAUAUGUCUUAACUCUCUAGAAAUACUACUCUAUGUUCCGUAACUGUCUAAUGGAUAUAUAGGUAUAUCACAAUGUAUGUAUUAUUGUCGCAUGCAUGUAUUAUUGUUAUAUACAUAGAAAGUUGCCUACUAAAGAAGUCAAGCCUUGAGUAUUGUGUUUGUGUGUCAAUGUCAGCUCCAUGUUUUGAGUCCUAAACCCUUUCCUCUUGCCAUUUCAAAUAAAUAACUUUUAGGCAUUCUUUUUUUGGCCAUCAGAAUUUGAAAUAUUUGUUUCAUGUUUUCAUAAUAAUUAUUUCUGGCUUUGCUAGUUCUCAGCCUUUACAACAGAUUAACUACCUGUACUUGAUUUGGCCUUUGGAUAGCAGGCAGAUGCUCAGGAUUAUUGAUUGCAUUUUUCUUGUAAUAUCGAAAAAGUACUGAAUGGAAAUUUGUCUAAGAUAUAUGCGUGACUGUCAUCCACAUUUUAAUAAUGGUUUCUCCUUUUAACUUCCCCAAAGAGAGGGGACUGUCCUUCCCAAGAGAGUUGUUUAAGUUUCCUUCCCUAAAACCUUUUUACUCAUCUUCCAAGAUGCUACCCUGCUUUAACUAUGCAGCUUUUUGCAGAGAUGCUUAACAUUUAUCAGUUAUAAAGCUUAUUGUUUUAUAUUUAGUGCACUAGAAAAAAAUGAUGUGGAAGGUAUGCUAAAACAAAUAUUAUAUAGCAUACAGCAAUAAGUAGCUUUCUGGUGCUUGGAGAAAACAAUACUUCUAUUUCACAAGCUCCAAGAAGAAAUUGCACAAGUGAUUAGAUUAUGUAAAUAGUAUUAUUCUGCCAUGGCAAUAAUGUCAAGCUCACUGAAAAUAAAAUGAAACUUCACAUUUUGACAGUUCCACCUUCUCUAAUCUUUUGGUAUAAUUUGGCUUAACUGUUGAGUUGCAUCAGCUAAAAUCAAUCUUCAUCUUUGCUAACACACACACACACACACAUCUUCAGGACUUACACCACUUGACUUUUUUUGAAAUUCAUUCUGCAUUUUCACUAACGUCAUCACAUGGCACAUAAUUCGGUUUAAUAAUUCAAGUUUGAGAAGAAUUUAAUUAGGCUAAUUGAAUUCCAAAUGAUCAUAAACUGCUUGGUUGUAUCGCUGUUAUAAUGAGGUAAAUUUUUAAACCUCAUGCUUUCAAAAAAAAAAAAAUUAUUUGCAUUUAUAUCCCGCCCUUCUCCGAAGACUCAGGGCGGCUUACACUAUGUCAAGCAGUAUUUUGGGGGUAGGAUAGUGGGGAUUAGUUUCACGAGCUAAACUUUUAGUCUGAAUCUGUUUCCCUGACCACACUCCUCUUUCUCAUUGCCUAUGCUUAGCGUAUCUUUUCUGUUUCCCGAGACGACCGUCCUUCCUCCACCGGACCUCGCGCCUAACAAUGAGAAAGUGCCAAGAGGCGGCUGCUCCGAGUAAACCACCUCAAGCACGUUCACCUGAUCGACGCAGAAUGUUCCGGUUUCAAGUGAAGAGUUAUUAAGCCCUGGCUCACUUAAGAUCGGAAAGAACAAAUAAUUACUGUGCCCAAAGUUGGCAGGGAUCCAAUUGCAACAGGGAUACUUCUAGCUUUCAGCUGUGCCAGGCGGAACGAGAGGCACAAGUGGUGCCGAGCAUUUCCUCCCACCCCUUUAAGGGAUGCUUAAGUGGCUUAACGCCACCCACCGCGCUGCCAAGGAGCUGCUCGGUUUUCUAGUUUCCCUCCCGCCCUCUCGGCAACGAAGUUGAGAUAACUGGGCUGAGCGGUGGAGGGGGUGGAAGGGAAUUUCCCGUCUCCUGUGGAGAACCCACCCGUCAGUCAACUUCUCCUUUUCACUGUAUUGGCUGAACAAUGGGGAAGGUAAACUCGAUCCUGGAACUGCAGAAUUAGGCUACAAUUAGACUAAGCAGUCGUCCGCACGUAGAGCAGGUGAUAGGACCGCCUUUGGGGUGGAUGGGCGUGUCUUCUUCUGGACCGCCAUCUAGAGAAUCAUCGCCGGCGUUACUGCUUCGUGGCGGCCUUCUUGUUCUCAGUAAGGACGUAAUUUUUCCUCUUCAGCAAAGUCUCGAGCCGGGAGGAGUAAACAGCUGAGUAAUCUGAAACGUGGUCUCCAAAAUGAAUUUCUUCCUGGAAACGCUGACAACCAUUUUGCUGUGUAUAUAUUAUCUGAUGGAGUUUUUCUUAUCAUUUAUCUAUGCACGGAAGAAAAAUAUUGCUGGUGAAAUAGUGCUUAUAACUGGAGCUGGAAGUGGAAUGGGAAGGCUGAUGGCUUUAAAAUUUGCUCGACUUGGAGCUACUUUAGUUCUUUGGGAUAUUAAUCUGGAAGGAAUCAAAGAAACAGCUAGAUUAGCACGUAAUAUUGGGGCAAUGAGAGUACAUGACUACAUUUGUGACUGCAGCAAAAGGCAAGAAGUCUAUCAAGUGGCAAGCCAGGUGAAAAAGGAAGUUGGUGAUGUUGGUAUCCUGAUUAAUAAUGCUGGCAUCAUAACAGGAAAGAUGUUUUUAGAUACCCCAGAUAUGCUUCUAGAGAAGAGUAUUCAAGUGAACACAAUGGCACACUUUUGGACUGUCAAAGCAUUUGUUCCAGCCAUGGUAGCUUCUAAUCAUGGCCAUGUGGUGACUAUUUCAAGUGCAGCUGGUUGUUAUGGUGUCAACAAAAUGACAGAUUACUGUACAAGUAAAUUUGCAGUUCUAGGUUUUGCUGAAUCUCUAGCUUUAGAGAUGUUGGCAAUGAAAAAGACUGGUGUUAAAUCUACAAUUGUCUGUCCAUAUCUAGUGAACACUGGAAUGUUUGAAGGCUGUGAAACAAAGUGGUCUCACUUGCUGCCCAUUAUAGAUCCAGAAUAUGCUGUUGAAAGAAUUGUGUCUGGGAUACUCCGAAAUGAACGAUAUAUCUUUAUACCACGAAGUCUACGAUUGUUUAACAUAGUAAAAAGCAUUGUUCCUGCAAAAACGGUUGAUAUCCUUUAUGACUAUUUUGGAAUUUUAAAAGUUAUGAAUAGAUUCAAAGGUCGGACAGAGAAGAUGGAUAAUUACAAACAUCAGACAAAAUCAAUAAAACCUCCAGGUUCCCUUGACUAAUUAUAAAUUGAGAAGCCAAUAUAUAGAACUUCCAAUUUCAUUAUAUUCUUGCAAAGGGUACACUUAAAACAACAAAUCUGGAAUGGCUUACUAGCAACAAGUUAAAUACUGGGAACAGGGUAUGAAUAAUUUUAACUAUAGCUGUUUUUACAAUUACCGAAAUAUAAACCUAAUGGUGAUUCUUUAUUUUAAUGAAAUUACUUAAUUAUAGGGAACAAAUUACUUUUUGGUGGACUGUUAGCAAAACAAGGAAAAUAGUAAACUAAUAAACUAAUGAUAUAUAAGGUGAAGGUGCUCAAACCUAGUUUAGUCUAACUAUUUUGAGCAGGAGAUUGUGGUUAUUCACUUUAGAUAAGAGAAAGAGGUUCCUGUGACUUCUCCCAAAAUGCCCAAAUAUUAUUUCAUAGUUAUGUUCUGUAUUCUAACCCAGACUGACUACAACCCAUGACAACAUUGUAUCUGCUAACUUGGCAUUUUAGAUACAAAAUGAAGAGGCUUGCAGCACCAGCAAUAUUUUUGAGUUCAAUUAUUGCUCAGAUUUUUCACAACCAAGAAUAUUUAGACCUAUGCUUGGAUAUAAGAAUUACAGGCCUUUUAUCUAAUUAAAUUAUCUAUUUUAAAAUAGUUACUAAAAACAGUAUUUUUUAUAUUAGCAAAUUUUAAAUUGUAUAAUGUAGCAGUCUGCAAUCAACAUUUUCUUUACUAACACUCUGCACUUCAAUGUUAAUUUGAUGUUAAAACUCUUUCUGUUGGGAAUCAGUUUAUGAACGUUUUGAUUCACUGCUCUUGCAAAUGUUUCUUAAUAUGCUUUCUUUCAUUAAACUGUUGUUUAUAAUUAUUAAAAUUAUAUUAUAGGAUCCAUCCUGAUGCAAAUGCUUCACAUGAAAAUUACUGCACCUGUUCUUGUGAAAUAUAAAAUGCUUUGUCUUAUACCUCUAAUUUUAUUUCAUCCCAGUGAAAAAUGGAAGUGGGUACCAUAGUUUUGUUUUUACUAUUCCAGAUUAUGUAUGAGAGAUCAGGUCAGUUGGGUCAACUGAUUAACUUCAAAUCUAUGAAGUACAUAGGGCAGAGUCUAGUUGAAAAAUGCAAAGAAAAAACAAAAAAAACCCACCCUACCAUCACCACAUCCAAAUGUUUAAAUUGUCAUAGAUAUAACAGUGAAUUACACUCCCAUACGUCUGUUUAUUGUUUUAUACAUCUUUGAACUAAUCCGCGAUAAAAGUUUUAUCUUGAGUGUUUGAGAAUUCUGUGAAACUCUAAACGUAGCAGCCUUGUUAAGGUUAGGGCUGGAUUCAUAGGCCUGAAACCUCAGAAGAAUAGAGGUUCUUUUUCUGAAUUCUGCUUCUGAUCUGGAAAAGGAUCAGGUAAUCUCCAGAGAUUAGGCCUCCAGCUCACUACAUAUUACACUACAUACUACAUACAGAACAUAUAUAAUCUCUUUCAUUUAAUCAGUAACUUUAGAUACCUUAGCUCAGGGGUAUCAAACUCUGGUUGUCAUGUGACGUAUCGUGACUUUUUCCCCCCUUCGCUAAACCGGGCAUGGGUUUGGCCAGCACAUGACGCAUCCAUAAGUUUGACAUCUCUGCCUUAGCUGGUAAAGUUAUUAUCUCAUAUAAGUAAGUAGUAAAAUGACCAUCACAUGAUCAAUUUAUGCCAAGGAACCAGUAAAGGCUUACAUUUAAAUCUGAAAUUCUGCUUACAAUAAUUGUAUUCUUUAGCUAUUACUGUUGAAAUCAUUCCUCCAAAUUAUUUAGCAAGCAUAGUGCUUCCAUUGUGUUUCUGUUCUCUCAAUAAGACUGAAAUGGUGAAAGGCAGCUUCACUCUGUCUUGAUGUAUAGAUAAACAGUACAAAAGUAGCUUAAAACAAAGAUAAAACAUGCUUUCUCUUACAAAUAAUACCUUAAUUCAUACAUUGGUCUCAUUUAUUAUGAAGAAAUGCAAUAACAUACAAGAUCUGACAACUCUGUAUGUGUUCUAAGAGUUAAAGACAUAAUUAACUGCACUUCAUAGAUGUCUAUCUUCAACUUUAAUGAUGCUUGGCAGAUAACAUGGUUAAAAACUACAAAAACCCAAACAGGAUCAAUAAAAUAUAUAGUGGCUGACCAGGACAACUGCCAAAACCAUGAUAUUGAUUUCACAAAUCUAUCAGCCUCAUCACCCACGGGCUAAAGAAAACAAUCAUGUUUUAAAGUUUUAUGGAAAUCCAGAAAAGUCAGGCCAGCUGGAUCUCCUGAAGUAUGGUGUUCUGAGAGGCAAGGGCUAUUAACAGAAGGGGGGAAAAAUAUUUCCCUGGUUGUAUUAGUUGACAUUUCGUAAUAUUCCAGCCCCAUGUCACAAAAGGCUUUAGAGGUGACUGUCAGGACUUUUUAAAUACUACUAAGCCCAGUUAGAACCAGUGCAGUUUACACAGCAAAUAUAAUAUUGAUAUAAAGUGGUACGCUCAAAACUGUCUGUGACUGCAUUAUUGAACAGCUGAAAUUUUCAGAUGUUUUUUCAAGACAACCCAGUUAGAUCACAUUGCAGUAAUUACACAGUAGGGGAAUAUGAGCAAUACUACCCAAUUUAGGAAAGGGUGUAAUUGGUGCACAAGUUGUAACUGUAAAACUCUUUGGCCACAGAUGCCACACAUACUUUAGGCAAAAACAUGAGGUCAUAAGACUUCCCAAGUAACACAUUGGUUCAGUUUGGGUACUGCCAUGCCAUCAAGAACUAAAGAUGGCCAAUUGUAAUUUUAUUACAGAGUUACAGAAACAGAGUAUUGCAAGUCUAAAUGUGCCGCCUCCUCCCUGUCUUUAUUCUAAAGAAAACUAGGAAGGAUCAAGUCUGAAAUGUUUUCUCAAAUUAUAUGCUUUUGACUCAGAUUUCAUUCAUCUGACCUUUGUCUUGGCUGCAACGCUUUCUCCUGUUCCUCAAGGUUAUUCUCCCAUUACAUCCUCUACAGCUUCCAGACAUGAAGGACUUAAAAAGCAUCACUUGGUUGUCUUUGGGCAGAGAUCAUUAGUAUCAUAAACAUACUGAAAAUGUUUCAAUCCAUGCUGGCAGAUAACCAGCAGCUUCACCUAUAUGUUAAUAAAACAAAAACAAAAACAGGAAGAACCAUUACAGUAAUCCAGAACACAAAAUAAAACAGACCACCUAUAGACCCAUUUUUCAAAAAAAUGGAUGCCCACAUAACUUUAUCCAAAAAUGCCUGACCACUCAACCCACUAUAGCACAACUAACAUAAAGUCUGAAAAAGAUGAGACUACCACACAUCAAAAACAUCUUACAAUCAACACUGUUUUAACAAUAUGGCAUCAUAGCAGCACACAAACCAACUAAAAUCCUUCAAAACAUCUUAAAUAAACCAAGACACAAUAGCCCAGAAGACAAAAUCAUCUACAAUAUACAAUGUAAAGAUUGCAACAGCCACUAUGUAGGACAGACAGACUACCAGAGUGCAUCCAUGAACUAGAACUCAAAAGACAUAAUGAAAACUCCUUAAUCUUAUAACAUGCAGACAGAUGCAAGCAUACUUUUCACUGGGAAACUGAGCAACUAAACCAAGCUAAACCGAAAACACUAGGGAAUUCCUGAAGGCUUGGCAUUAAAAUAGAUCAGCCACCAAUUGAUACAUAAAAAUAAACCAUAUUUACACACUACGCAAAAGAGAAUAAAAAAACUAAACAAAAAGAAUAACACACCUUGUCCAACAGCCAACACUGAAAUAAGAUCAGGCAAAUAAUUAAGCAGAAAACAACACCAUAAUCAAGGAACUAUCAAGGAGAAAACUUCACCCACACCAACACUGGCAGGAAAGCUACUGUACAUAAACAGGCAGCAAACCCUACAGUUAUACUGAUGACAUUACUUAAUUGGGCAAUGAAACAUCUGCAAGCAAACCACUAAGCUGAGAGAGACCACAAUGUUAACCAGUUUGGCAUUUAAUGAGAAUUUACUAAGAUUCUGGGUUAAUGAAAUAUAUUCUUUGUCCUUAAAUCAGUAGAUGAAAUUUAUAAUGGGCUAGAUAGACCUGCCAACAAAUGAAGACUUUAUCCAGACUGAGAACAUAGACUUGACUAUAUGACUUUAGGUUGCAAAAGAAUUUAGUUAUUUGCAGAUUCAGCCGAGAAAGGCGUAAUGGUUACGAUGUUACUCCAGAACAGGGGUGUCAAACUUACAUCAUCAUGGCGGCAUCACAUCAUUUAUCAGAACUUUUUUCCCCUUUGCUAAACCGGGCAUGGCCAUGACCAGCAUGUGACGCAUCCGGCCCAUGGACCAGGAGUUUGACAGUCCUGCUCUAGAACAAGAGAUGUAGAUUCAAGUCUAUUCUCAGCUGUGGAAUAUCAUUAGGUAACUUAGUUGAUUUGCUACAGGGAAGCACAUUAAUAAAAUAAAUAAGAUUUAUUUAGCAGCAAUAUUUCUGCUACUUAUUUUUAAAAAUUAUAUUUUGCAAUAUUUUCCCCUGAAAUGACACUGUAAAUGUGACUGGCCCACGGGAGGUAGUGGAAUUAUUGACAUUUUUAAGUUUCUCUAGUUUACUAAAUGAAUGUUACUACUACCACUACUAUUAAAGAACAAAAAUCUAAACUCUUUUAAUGAGAAGCAUGUGAUUAGCAAUAAAAGGAAGUAUUAUUCCAGCUUCAGAAACCAGGAAAUGAUGGAAGAAUGAAAAUAAAGUAUAUAUUCAUAAGUCUAAUAAUAUAUUUCUUAUAUUCUAAAUUGUUUUUAAUCUUUAAGAUUUACUUCCAAAACUUGCUAGUAAUUAGGAGCUACUGAGACUUAUUUUAUUAAACAAAUUUAUAUAGCUGCCCAACUCACAGUGACUCGGGAUUAUGUAAAUUAAAAAGCCAGAGUUUGAUACACAUCCUCACCUGCGAAUAAUUUUCAAUAAAUUUAGAAUAAUUAACCUCAAUGUACAAUGUAGAAGUGUAACUUCAAGACUAAAGGCUUGAGAAAUAAAUUAUAUAUUUUAAUGUAUACUACACAAUUAAAUAGAAAAAUACAACAGCCGUUACCUUUUCAGAUCUUUCUCUACAACAAACUGUUGUCUGUCAGGAUAGUCAUCAACUCAAGUAAAAAAUACUGUCUUCUGUUAAGCUCAAUUCCAGAAAACCCAUGCAGUUUUCUUGGCAAAAAUAUAGAAGUGGCCACUCUUGGAGAGGGUAGUGUUCUAUUCUAUUUUUCCUACCAAUCUAGAUUCUACAGUCCAUGUAUUCCAUAGAGACCUUCCAUCAAUAUUAACCAAGCCUGAUCCUAUUUAGCAUCUAAGUUCAGAAAUAUUACCUAGUUGUUAAACAGGCAUCAAAGCAACUUGAGUUGCAGUAAACUUUAUAAAUGCUUUUUAAUUUAGUAAUUUAAACAUCAACAAUGCUGUGGGCAUGCCUUACUAUUUUCCCCAAUGAAUUACAUAUAUCAAUAUAACACUGUCAUAUUUCUAAUAGCAUGUAAAAUUACCUUAAUUAUCUAGGGGACAAAUAUAUUUACCAAUAACAAUUUAUUCUAGAAAAAAGCCAUGUUUUUGUACAUGAAAAAUUCCAAAUUCUUCCUUUUCUUGUAUUUAUUUAUUUAUUUAUUUAUUCAUUUAUUUAUUUAUUUAUUUAUUUAUUUAUUCACACUUUUAUACCGCCCUAUCUCCCCAGGGACUCAGGGGGUUUACAGCCAUAUAAAACACAUAUAUAUACAGAAUAAAACACCAAUUUAAAAAACUUAUUACAUAAGGCCGAAUAUUUAAAAUAAGAAUAUAAAUAAUAAUGUAUAUUCCUGCGCAAAUAAAUAGAUGUGUCUUAAGCUCGCGGCGGAAGGUUCGAAGGUCAGGAAGUUGGCGAAGUCCUGGGGGAAGCUCGUUCCAGAGGGUGGGGCCCCCCACAGAAAAGGCCCUUCCCCUGGGUGUCGCCAGUCGGCACUGCCUGGCCGACGGCACCCUAAGGAGUCCCUCUCUGUGAGAGCGCACGGGUCGGUGAGAGGCAAUCGGUGGCAGCAGACGGUUCCGUAAGUAGCCCGGCCCUAUGCCAUGGAGCGCUUUGAAGAUCAUUACCAAAACCUUGAAGCGCACCCGGAAGGCCACAGGCAGCCAGUGCAGUCUGCGCAGGAGAGGUGUUACGUGGGAGCCACGAGAGGCUCCCUCUAUCACCCGCGCAGCCACAUUCUGAACUACCUGGAGUCUCCGGGUGCUCCUCAAGGGAAGCCCCAUGUAGAGAACAUUGCAGUAAUCCAGACAGGAUGUCACGAGAGCAUGAGUGACCGUGCAUAGGGCAUCCCGGUCUAGAAAGGGGCGCAACUGGCGAACCAGGCGAACCUGGUAAAAAGCUCUCCUGGAGACGGCCGUCAAAUGGUCUUCAAAAGACAGCCGUCCAUCCAGGAGGACGCCCAAGUUGCGCACCCUCUCCAUUGAGGCCAAUGACUCGCCCCCAACAGUCAGCUGCAGUAUGAUCAUGAACAGGAAAAUAAUAUAAUUAAUAAUAUAAUUAUAUUAGUAACAUAUUAAUAUAAUAUAAUUAAUAUAAUAAUUGUGUCAUAAAAUCUAAAUUCCCUACUCAUGCAGAAAUUCAAAUUACAGCAUUUCAAAUAGAACUGUCUAGUUUGUUUCUAUAUCUAAAUUAAGAGGUGCCUAUCAGCUCUUUAGUUAGUUGAUUCAAAUGCAUUAUUUUCCAACAUUCAGUCAGUUUUUGCUUUUUGUAUCUUAAAACCAUUUCACGGAGGCCUAUAUCUUGUAAUAUAGUAUUAUAGAGAACAAAUCUUGAUCUUUUUGUAAAUGACAUCCUCAGGUUUUUGAAAAAUCCCAUAUCUUCCUAUCUGUAAUCUUAACACUGCAUAUAUCCAGUAUAUUCACGGAACUAAAAAGAACCAUUUCAUCCACCAGACCUGAACAAAUACAGUCUUGCGAGUGAAGGAUAUCAUAAAAAACUAUUGAACUAUUUAUGAAUAUUGGUAGAUUCUGAAAAAUCACCAAUGGAGUAUUUUAAAAGAUCAAGCCAACCAACAGCUUCACAUCAAUACUGGAUUUGCAGACAUUCUAGGAAUAGUUGACAACUUGUCCUCCCUCUAGUCACUUUUCAUCCUUAAUUCUCUGUUAUACAAUUCUAUAUAAUGCCAUUUUGAAAAAUUGAAGAUUCAACAGUUGCACAGGGGCAGAAAACAUAAACAUAAAAUCCAAACUUCUGUGAUGACACAUGACACAUUCGUUGAGUUCAGGAUUAAGUUACAGUAACAAACAAUUGUUUAUUUAAUAAUUGUACUAAAUAUGGGAAGUUUCAAUACUGUCUGAAAUGUUGCUGUCAAUUUUUCACAUUCUAAUUUCAGUUUAGCUGCCUAGUAAAUAAUGCAGAAUUGUUUAUAAUCAGCAUCAAAACGUUUUUUUAAAAAACCGUAAGAAUUAUAUGUAGAACUGCUCACACUUAAAACACACUAGUUUCAACAUGAUUGCAAUACUGAGUAAAGUAAGAAUGAAAACAUCAACUGAAAUAAGUCACAAGAUCAAACCUGCUGUAACAUCCCUCCCUCUAAAAUAAUUAAAAAUGGUUCAGAUACAAAGGUUCAUACAGAAGGAUAUGUAUAACUCUAUUCAUUUUAAUUAUUUGUGUAACUCUGACAGUUUUGUAAUUUGAUUUAACUCUUCUAUACAACAUACCCUUUAACAAAUAGCUGCCAAGUACUUUCUAGCUCACCUGGCUGUUCUUUGCAGAACACUUUCCGCAUAAUGUUCAAAUUAUAUCCUAUAAGCAAGAGAUGAACAGGAGAAUUUAACCAGCAAGUUGAAAAGUUUCUCAAGAACUUUACAAGCAUAUCAAAAUACAUUUAAGUACUACUCAGUUGAACAUUUUUUAUUUAAAAAUAAAUAAAUUAUUAAAAUUUUAUUAAAAAUAUUAAAAAUUAAAAAUAAAGGCAAAUAUGUUCAUAAUUAAUAUUUUGAGAGAACAAAAAUAUUGCCAAAAUUAAUGUAUUUAGUGACCUAUUUUUAAAGGUCUCAUGCAAUAGAUACAAAAACAAUAUGAAUGCUGUGAUAGCCUGACACUAAAUAUAAUGCUUCAUAUUAAUUCAGUGAUUCUUGAGUCCAUCUAUACUGAAAUUUAUAUAUAAAUUACAAGUUGAUGUCUGCUGGACAUGUUGAAAGUGUCCACUUUUCC